AUGGCGUCCCUGAACAUCUACUCCUUGGUGUUGCUGGUGGUGGUUACAGUGGCCUUGGCGCCAAUGGCAGCCGUGGCCGGCGACCCGGACAUCCUGACCGACUUUGUCCCCCCUCCAGCGCUCGGCGGGCCAGUAAACAUCACCGGUGACUACUUCACUUUCACCGGUUUCCGGGCAACCGUGCCAGCGCCGUCGGCGCCGACAGCCUUUGCGAUCUCCAAGGCCUCCAUGGCGGAGUUCCCAGCGCUCAACGGACAGAGUGUGUCGUACGCCAGGCUCACAUUCCCCGCGGGCACCGUGAACCCGACCCACACCCACCCGCGUGCCUCCGAGCUGCUCCUUGUCAUCGACGGUGCGCUCUCUGUCGGCUUCAUUGACACCACCGGCAAGCUCUACACCAAGGACCUCAUUGCCGGUGACAUGUUUGUCUUCCCCAAGGGCCUCGUGCACUACCAGUCCAACCAGGGACCCAACCUCGCCGUCGCGCUGUCAGGAUUUGGGAGCGCCUCCGCCGGCACUGUGUCCGUGCCGGUCACCGUGUUUGGCACUGGAAUUGACGACGUCGUGCUCGCCAAGUCAUUCAAGACCGAUGUGGCCACCGUGCAGAAACUCAAGGCAGCCCUCACACCGCCAAAGAAGAAUUGA